AUGAGUCGACCAUUGCAGCUAGAGACCCAGAAUGGACAGGGCCCAAAUCCCCGAUACUCGUUCAUGGAGACUCCGCUUGAGAUGCAUCCAUCGUCCCAUGAUCAGUUUCCAGCUUCGACACCCCCGGUUCCUGCAGAUCCCAGCCCCGCUCCGCAGCCAGCAGCGAUCGAGCAACCAAGGGAAGUACCACAGCAAUCAGCGCAGUACUUUCCCAGCGAGAAAGAACAACACUUGCAACAGGAGGGCAUAAUUCCCACGUAUUCUAAAUACCCGCCGCCAGACCAGCACCCGGCGCACUUUGCUCCUUAUGCCGAAGCAACUCAGCCACAGCCUGAUAUCCAACUAGUUCAGUCGCCCAUGCAAUCACCGCUCCACUCGCCAGUUCACUCCCAGCAAUACCCUCAGCAUGCGUAUCAGUAUCAGUAUCAGCAGACGUAUCAACAGCCACAACAGCAGACCUACCAGCAGGCGUAUCAACAGGCCUACCAACAACAGGUGUACCAACAAGCGGUUCAACAGACGUAUCAACAGCCACACCAACAAACACCCGAAGAAACGUACAGUCAGCCUCCAAAUUCCCCAGGGCCUUUGCCAGUAAAGAUAAAUCCCGAUGCUCCUACGAGGAGCGAUACCAUGACGGUUGCGCCGGAUGUGAACCCAUUACAAUCGCCCAAACUGCCUUAUUUCCCUCCAACGGCUGCAGUCUCAUCGCCGGGGCCAGCACCAGAAGAUCUGAGUACAUUCCACCAACCUGGCCAAAUAAUGCAUCCGAACCAAGAAGUCAUCGGUGGAGGGUGGACCAACGGGAUGUGCGACUGUUCAAACAACUUCGCAGCAUGCUUUCUUGGUGUUAUCUGCCCCUGCGUCCUUUACGGAAAGACGCAGUACCGACUCAACAGAAAGUCCAAGGGAGAGGAUCCGACCAACAUGUUGGGAUAUGAAUCUUGCAAUGGCGCGUGCACAGGAAUGGCUCUACUAUGCGGUUGCCAGUGCAUUCUAACCGCCCUCCAACGCAGAACAACACGUAAAGCCUACGGUAUCCCCGGAGACUGUGGCUCAGACUGUGUUCGAGCCACCUGCUGCUGUUGCUGCACACUAAUCCAGAAUGAGAAGGAAAUUCAAAAGCGAGAGGAACACCGAAAUCGUGCUGCUGUGGAAAGAGGCGCAACGUUUUCACCCUACGUGGCCCCUGGGCCAAUGACAUACCCCCCACCGCCGAAAUAA